CGUAGUUUAUACACCGAAUACAAGACCCUCGUUUGUAAUGUUAUACGUAUUAUAACAGCGCGGGGGAAAAGAUCGGCCGAAACACCUUGCAGCAUGUAUAGUAUAUAAAAGCAAUAGUAGUUCGGAAUUUUAGCUCGCGCCACGUAAGCUGUGAACUCAUUUCUCCGACUGCAAUGAAUCAUUAUUAUAAUACCAACGAUAAUAUUGUAUCAUAAAUUCGAUAUACGCGAUGUUUUAUACGUACGAUUACUCACAAUUCGUCGAUAUUAUACGAUAUUUAGUGUAUGGAGUUUAAUUAGACGCAGGGUUUCGCAUCUGCUUCAUUAAUCAGUUUACGUAUCUUAUAGAUUAUGCAUAAAUUGAUAUGGUCUUCUGGGCUUGUGUAUAAUUACUACAGUGAACGUUCCUCAGAUGGUCGCGAAAACGACGAUACACAACGCGUGCUUUGCAUAAUAACUGAGUUCUCAAUGUUAACAACUGUUUGCUCAUCCGAUUCUUUUGCGUAGAAACGUUUGUUGCCAGGCGAUAGGAGAGCUGGGUAGACGUGAGUGAAUAUUCUUCAGCUCGUGCUCACAUGACAUCAAAUUAAUUAUUCAUAGGCAUGAUCACCAAAGAUUAUCAUAAUUAGAGAUUAGAACGCACCUCCUCGCUUUGUAAUCGAGGGUAUAUCAAUUGAUCGCACGAAUGGAAGGAUAUUUUAUUGCUCGCUAUGUCAGGGAUUGUUUCGAGUGGCCGUGGCCAAGAUAGUGGAACCAGUACUCAUCGGAGGAGCAGCCUUGCAGCAUCUUUGCAUUCCAAUUUGCUCGGUCUUGGAUCUAAUGGAGAAGCAGCGACUUUCCACGUCGUUGGAUCGGCGAGACGAAGAUUCAGCAACGUCAGUGAUGUAGUCUCCAGAAAACUGUCUCAUACCAUUGGGUGGCGAUCGGUAUCUUCAUCUGUGAAAUUAACCGUGUCCCAGGGAACUUCGUUGUGCGGCCAGUAUAUUCGAAAUAGAUUAAAGCGGUCCGGAAUAUUUCAUCGUAAGCUCGGAUUGAAAAGAAUGAGAAGUGAAAUAAUGGUUCCCGGGGGUGCGGUUGUCCGAGAAGUCUAUCCAGAAUUGACGAGCAUAGGUGCAGAGUUGGAAAAAAUGCAUCCUCAUCUGUUCACAAGAAUUGGAAGACAAGUGGGAUGUAGUACCUUCAGUUCGGAGCAAACGGCCAGCGAUAUGCUCACUGAUGUGUCGCGGGAAAUGCUGAGAAAUGGAGAGAUGACUUGGAGUAAAAUCAUUGCUUUGUACGCUGUUGCUGGUGGUAUAGCGGUAGAUUGUGUACGCCAAGGAAAACCCGAAUAUCUACCAGCAAUUCAGCAUGGCAUGACCGAGGUUCUUGAAGAUGAUCUAGCUGCCUGGAUUCAAGCGAAUGGAGGAUGGAGCACCCUCACAACCCGAUACAGGCCCGUUCCAAAACCAACCAUCUGGCAAGUUUAUAGGCUUCCCAUUUGUAUUCUAAUAACUGCCAUAUUCUCAGCUGUGAUAUUAUUGUAUUGGUGAAAUUUUCAUGGUAUUGUUUAAUAUAGUAGCAUUUUCAUAUCGAUAUCUUUAUCAUCGCUAAUUCAAUGUAUCGACAAGAAUUGAUUUAUUCAAAUAUCUCUUUUCCCUCUCUUGUACAUAUAGCACAAAUGACAGACACUGCAGUGUCUGAUAUAAAAUACAUCAAACCUAAUUAUAAUACUGAUAAAAUAACAACAAAUAUUGUAGAUGUAACAUUAUAUGACUUAUUUAAAAAUAAAACAUAGGUUUAAAAUUCGA